AUGGCUUCCCGGCCUCCCCUUUUUGAUGCGACUGAAGAAAAGACGAACUUCACAAGAUUGGCUCGAUUGGUUAUCGAUGGAGGGACACGAGUUCUCAGAGACGUUCUUCAUUCUUUAUGCCCAUCUGCAGUAUUGCCAACAGUGUUAAAGAAUAACGAAACCAAACUUCAAAACCUGAAGUCAAAAGGCAGGAUUUUUGUUGACCAAUGGGAAACGUUGUUUCCCCAUACAGGUUCUCUCCCAGACGCUGAAACGUUUGACAUUACGCUUUUGCAUUUGUUACUACGAGAAAUAUGCUGUUCGUUGGUGAAGCCCGUCACGGGAUGGCACAACAUGCCUGCAGAUACAGACAGCAGUCGAGAAGCACAUAUCGUCCGAAUCAAGUGCUUCAGAAAUGAGCUGUGUCACAGUAUCUCUACAGCCAUUUCUAAUGACGAAUUUAAAACCAAAUGGACUUUUAUUUCUCGCUCUCUGGUUGCAUUAGGUCUUGACACGAAGGAAAUCGACAAACUUAAGACAGAAUCCAUCGACCAUGACACUAAACGUCGUGUAGAGGAAGAAAUGAAGAGAUGGAAAGAUUUAGAGCCGAGAGUACUCUCUGUAGAGGGGCAAUUACAACAACUGCAAUUGCAAUUGCGAAGCAUUGAUAUUAAUGUUCAAGAACCUCGUACUCCUGGUCUACGUAGCUGUCUUCCAGACGAACUUCCGGAAGCGUUUGGUCGUUCACAAGAUAUUAAAAAAACCACAGAAGUCAUUCAUAAUGAAGCUGCCGCCGCUGUUAUGAUAACUGGUGCACCAGGAUUCGGAAAGACUACGGUUGCAAACAAAGUGGCCUAUGAGCUUGAUAGACUGCAGCACGUUGUGUUUUAUUGUUCUCUACGAUCGAAAGCGUCUUUGGACGAAGUCGCGUCUUCAAUGAUUCUUGUCUGCAGUACAAACCAAUAUCAGCCGCCAGAGAAUCCCCAACACUGGCUUCUAAACUGGAGCAAACAACAGCUGGAUCUGAAGAUUACUUUUGUUCUUGACAAUGCGGAUGAUGCCUUUGAGUCUCAGGAGAGCCGUAGUCAGUUUGUAAGAAUGAUCUGCGAUAUGAGGAACUUAUCUAAACAAAAUAUCACUUUUGUAAUUACUUCUAGGAAAACAUUUAAUGCUGCUGGUUACCAUUUAGUAAUCGAAGAAAUCAGAUUAAGCAAUUUGCCUCAAGAUGAAGCAACGAAACUGCUGCUUUCAAAAUACAAGGCAGAAGAAAGAAAGAAACUUUCACAGACAAAACGAAUGGUGGAGUUAUGUGGCUGUGUUCCUCUUGCGCUUUGCAUUGUAGGUUCUCUACUUUCCGACUUCGAAGAAGAUACACUGAUUAAUAGUCUUGAAAAGGAACUAUUAGAUGUUCUUCAGGACGAUGAAUUCUCCCUGGAAAACACAAUCAAGACCUCGUUUGAUCUCUUGAAUCCAGAAGAACUGAAGGUACUUGCUUUACUUUCCGUAUUUCCGGGUUCGUUUGAUUUUGAUGCUGCUAAGGAUGUGACUGCAACAAUUAAUCAAUCUGCCGCGUCACAGACGAUGAAGAUUCUUCGUUCCUUAAAAAACAGGUCCCUUUUAGAGCAACCUAGUUCUGGUAAAUUUCAAGUCCAUCAACUCAUUCAGGCAUUUGCAAGGAAGACUGAUGAAACUAACUAUCACCCGCAGGUAUUUGCUGACGUGGAGAAAGCAGCUUGUGCACAUUUCAUUUCACGUCUCGAUAAUGCUGCUCAACUGUACUGGAGCAAAGACAAAUGUAGAGAGUCCAUAGAGGCCUUUAACAGUGAAAGAUAUAACUUUGAAUACUUUCUGCAAGUCUAUGUUAAAACAAUGGCGGAACACCCGUACCUCGAUCCCUUUCUUGAGAGCUGUACAAAGAAAUUUCUUGACCAAUUUCCACAAAAAUGUAUGUACCUGGAAAUGUGCCUUCUGCCAAGUUUUUAUAUAACCGUUCUAGAAACGCUUUUGACGCAUUUCAACAAGGGGAACCAACCAUUACACACGGUGGAACUUUUAUGCCUUCUUGCAAAUGAGCAGAGAAAGAUUGGCCGUCGUGAGGAUUACAUCAGCCUUAUGGAACAAGCUAAAUAUAUUUAUCGUUGGAAUUACACUGAGUUUAAAACAAAUGGGUUGUCUCAAGUCUUUUUCUUUAACAGCUACGCCCGCCUUGUCUUUGAAAAACGAAUCAAAACGAAUAAAAAAUUGAGUAACCAAGUUUAUCAAAUAGCAUUAAUAUUGUGCGAUCUCAAGCUCUUGGGACAUCCCGAAAGAGCAGUGACUAAGUUACUUAUUGGUAAACACCAAAAGAGUAUGCCGUUACUUCAGGAAGCAACAUAUCUUUUGACGCAAUGCCUAGGAGAACACUACAUGACGGCGCAAGGCCAUAAAGCUAUCGCUGACGUCUAUUUUGCACAUCGAGGUACAGAAACUGAGUUAAACAUGUCCUUGUAUCACUACAGACUGGCUCUAGAAAUGAUGAAGAAAUGUGGCAUGAGCGGUCAGAAGGAGACCACUUUGACUCUUAAAAACUAUGCUUGUUGUCAGAGACGAAAAGGCAACUACGAGGAGGCAAUGACAUACCUAGAGAAAGCAAAGCGGAUUGCUGAGAUUGAGUUGGAAGAUGAUCAUAGGUGGAAGGCAAUGAUUGACACUCAACUGGCUCUCCUGCACGAGGACUUUGGGUUUAUUGACGAUGCAAUAGCAAUCAUGAAAAACUCGCUGGAGAUGUGUGGCAGGUUAAACGUUUCAGUUGAUCACUUGGGGAACAGACACGACAUCUGGCAAUUUCUGGAUCGUUAUCCAGAAGCUUAUCCGGAGAAGUUAGUAGGUGACUUUUGAUCAACCUUGUCCCAAGGUCCUCUCCUAAACCGGAAACGAGGGAGAAUCUUGAUGUGUACUCUUUUUAGUGUUCUUAGGUUAUUUUGGCGUGCGAAUACAGCCUUCUCUCAAGACUUUUCUUGCGGCUAGUAGGAGUGAGGGCAGAAGGCUGUAUUCGCAGGCUUGAAGUAAAGAUUAAUACAGGGCUUACUUUUAUGCUUUUUGCUCUUUUUUCCUUUCUCAUUUAGUUUGUUUUACUGUUUGCGUGCGAUAGUAAGAAAAUCAUGUUCACUCACUGGUUGACAAUCUCCCCCUUAAUAGGUUCAUUUUAAUCUAGAAAGCAUCAAUAUUCAGUCUGAGAAAUGUAUUUCACUGUCAAAGCCGAUAAAAUAUUAUUCCAUUUUUCUUUUUAGGAGAGAACCUUGUCCCAUUUUUAUGUUUUAUUGUUCUUUUCAUGGGAAAUAAAUCUUAAUUAAUACAGUGGAACCUCCACUAACGGCCACCUCUCUACAUGGGUUCCUGCUACUUUCUCUUCUGUCCUCAAGAUGGCCGUUUUAGAACUGGUUUCAGCUGUAAUUGUGUUGCGAUUAUGGCUGGCACCAACAUUCAGUUUUUAAACACAGGUUGUUGAACUACGAAAUCAAGACAUCUAGUAAUGGUUUCAAACAAUUUUUUAAAAUUGUCAAACCACGCUUUUUUGGAGACAGAAGACCUCCCUUUUUGUCUUGUUCAAAUACAUUUGAGUUGUACACUCAAACAAAUCAGAUUAUUUUUUUAAAGCUGCGCUGACAAUUGUGAAAUCAAGUGAGAAAACUGGGGAGUUUAUGUCAUUUAGCGAAAGAUGGUGUCAGUUAUCAAAAACUCGGCGAGUCCACUAUUUAUGCCUUGUUUUUUUUUGUUUGUUUUUUUUCAUAUAUGAUCAGACUGAUAAUGAUCAAGGUGAAUAAAGUUGUGAAAAGCAGUGUUCGCCUCAUCUUCUCUUUUAUGAUAGGAAAAACAAACUUGUGCUUAUCUCUGGUUUUCUUAGAAGAGCUUAGUCUUUUUUCUUAUUCCCAACAUAUCCUUUUCACAGGUUAGAGAAACAGCUUGGUUAAUGAUCCACGCCAAUGCUCGGCGAUUCAGCACUAAACCGGUAAACAAAUUUAUGGUAAUAUAUGCUCAAACUGGGUUACGGUUACCACAGAAACCAAAACAAAUUUCUCAGUAUAUGUAGAUUUUAUUCCAUUUCUUUCUUUUUUAGUAGUGCAUUGUUUAAUUUUUUCUCCCACCUGUUUUUAGGUCUCCUUAAACUCAAUUCAAUAACGGAAAAGAAGGCAAAGCAUAGAAAAAGUUGGGUUCAGUGUGUUUAAUUUCGCAAAACGGUUUUUAAAAUGCGGGAAACGUGUGGGUGUUAUUGGUUUGUUACUUGACGCUCUUAUUGAAACCGGCCCUCUUAAAUCACUUCAGCUUAAACUGUUUCAACUUAAACUCUCGUCUUCUUCCUAUUUCAUGCGACGUUUAACAAAGUAGACCGACUCGACUCCUAGUGGGAGUUUUAGGUUCGAUCAUGAUUAUAACUUGAUAUAAUUCAGCAUUAAAUCAGCGCCACGUGUACAUUGGCACCAAGGUCUUUAUUGUUCAAAAUUCAACCAAUAGAAGGCCUUACGGUCCGGAUAUGAAUCUGACGAGCCAAUAAGAACAGAGUGUAGUUUGUUUUGACGCGCGAAAUUCUGCGGGGAAGGUGAUCGCAACUAAACAGCUGAUCUAUUCAAACAGAAGUGAUUAACAUGUUUCUUAGCGUAUUCAAAGCGCUGCCACAUUGGCGGCAUUACUCGAACGACGGUUAAGAUUUUACAUUUUACGAUGAUCUCACAUUUUAUACUCCAUCUAAUUCCCAUUGAAGGAGAGAGUCGCGUUUUUCAAAGGCCAUCGGGAACACCUUUAUUUCACCGUGUGUUGUGUUUUGUAUUCGGCGUGACGCGAAUUCAUAAUAUACACUGAAUUCGUAGUUAGUCUUUUGCAGGUGGAUUUACUGGCAGGAGAACUUUCACAAAAUUGAAGUUUGCUGGGAUUUGACUCGAGAAAAUGUCAACCCUCUGAAGUCUAGCCUUAAAUCAAUAUUUUGAUGAUUUUAGGAAUCAACUUAAAUCGUGGAAAGACUACUUACUAACUACGGAAACCGAAACAGAGUUUAAAUACAAAUGCUUUUAAUCUGAUCUCAGAGAAAGAGAUACAACAGCAGCAAUUCACCCUGAAGUAAAGACGAACAUAUGUUCUAUUAAAACAAGACGCAGCAGAAGAACUCUGAGUAGUGAUGGAUCAAUCAAAGAAACCUCGCAAAACGCGUUCACGUUCUUCUUCUUCUUCGCGCGCGAAAAGCUCAAACGCGGAGUCGCGCUUUGGUAUACGCUAUCUUCAUCAUCACAUGUUUACUGGAGACACGCCUCCCGAAGCCGAAAAACUUUGCCCUCACGAGUGCAAAUGUGGUACAUCUAUGUCUUCGCUUUAUAGUGGAAAAACACUCGUUUUACUAACGCUCUCCAUUCUCAUUCUUCUGAUUGGCGUCACAUUUAUGCUUGUUGGGUACUUGAUUCCUCGAAGAUCCGUCGUUUACCUAGAGAAAAGCGAUGGUUCUCGCACAGUUGUUGAUCCUACCGCCAUUAACUUUAACACCAUGUUGGAUGAUUUUACAUUGGUAGGAACAGCUCUUGUACCACUUGGAGCUUUAAUGUUUUGUGUCAUACUUAUAAUUCCAGUUUGCCGAUCCUCACCAAGCCACAAGAAAGGACAAUAUGUGAAAGCUCCGACUGAUGAAUAUUCAACGGCGAGCUUAGUGGCGAAAACAAAAACACCGCAGAAAAAUGCGUCGAUCGCCUCAGAGGACACUCGAUCAUUGAGUAGCGCUUCAUCUUCGACGAUCCAAAAAAUCCCAGUUCUCGCACUUGUACACAAUGUACAACCUGAGCCAAAAGCGGAAAGCGUAGCUGGCUCUUUGGGAAAAACAGGAGAAUUCAGGAAGAAAACUGGAAAAUGGAAAAAUUCAUUUGAUGAAGAGGAAGAGGAAUAAUUUACAAUUAUUAUUGAAAACAAACUAAAGCAAAGCGUAUAGGUUUUUCAAAUUAUCAGAAGCAUUCAGUUUUGUUCCAUAUAAUUUGCUAGGCUACCAGUUCAUAUUUUAUUUUAAUUUAUUUUAUUUUACGAAUUCGCCUCUUAACAGUGUUCAGUGGAAUCGAACGGUCGCCGAUUUUAUCGCAAAUUAUGGUUGGAUAUUUUUCAUACAAAAUAUUUAAUGCAAAAAACGAAAAUUAGAUAUCUAAACAUCCGCAAGAGAAAUGAACUGACGGUUAAAAAUAGGAAACGGAGGCUAAGAAGUGUCAUUCUAUUUGUUCUUGAAAAUGAAACCGUCCUUUAUAGCGGAAACUCAAAUAUUAGGGCAAUUAAAUUAUUCAUAAAGCUUGUCUCGUCUGAUUUUUUUGACGAAUUAUAUUUGGAAACCGUUUGGAUUAAACAGCUGUUCUUCUGUAGAAAUUGCCGAAGAAAUCAAACGUCGAUAUUGAACGUUGAAUACUGAAGAAAGGCCCAAAUAAGCUAUUAAAAGGCGACGAGAAUUCUGCUUGAGUUGUCUGGCCUAUCGGUCGAAUAAAAAUCUUCAGCAGUUGACCUGGGCGUAAGACAAAUUUAAAACUGUCAAAUUUUUAUAACAUUUGUCUUGAUUACAAUGUAAGCAAGUGACCUUUCCAUAAUGAAAGACUUUUUAGCGUGACUAUAGACCCCUUAGGAACCUUUUUUUAGGAAAACUGCGGAAUCAUCAAAGACCACACCACAGCGAAUGUCUCAUUCAUGGAUUGAUAACCGUGAAAAAAAAAAGUUUUAAUACAAGUACAUUUUCAUGUAAACCAUUGAGUAAUCAAAACUCUAAGCAGACAGGGGCCUUGGAGGCGAAAGAUUGUAAUUUUCAACUGUUCUCAAGAGCCAUAUUCACAGCGAUUAUGACUCCUAUCUCUUCCAUGGAGCUCAAACAAUCAUAAAUGCUCUGAUGCUCAGUAACAUCGCGUGUGGCACGCGCGUGAGUCUGCGCGGAUCUUUUCAUUUUCGGUUCCCCCAGCUAUAAUUCAUUCCAAAGUUGCACUAUCCGUUCGGGAUGCCAUUACAUAUUUUUAACGCUGAGCAUAAUAACAUGUACAUCAUAGUGAUCCUAUGAGGGUCAAAAAGCGAAAUCAACCGUCAAGUUUAUUUCAUCCAUUCUUAAAUUCAUUCGGUACAAUUACAUCAGCUGGCUAAAAAAGAAGUUUUCAGCGCCUUAAUUUGCAGUUUUCAAAAAGAGAAACGAAGGCUACGUCAACUUGAACUUUUUCUCGUGACUGAGUUUCUAGACUUUAAGCGUUCGUUGAUGAUUUGGGAUGCUUGCGUUAAGAGUAAAAAAGAAACAGAUAUUAUGUAACCCUAGCUACUAACUGGUGUCCAACACUUGUAUUUUUACAAUGUUGCCACACAGGACCGUGACUGUGACUCAUUCUCUCCUUGGUUGCUCCCCCUUCGAACGUUACAACGAUUAUUACAAAGUGCGAAAGAACAUUAGGGCCAUUUAUAAGAGGAAAAAUAAGACGCGUCUUACAUAAGACGCGAACUUUCCGUAUCAACGGCACAUUUCGUCUAAAAUAAGACGCGGCUUAGCUAAGACGCGUCUUAUUAGAUAAGACAUGCUCGUAUAAAUGGUACAGUUCGCGUCUUAUUUAAGACGCGUCUUAUUUUUCCUCGUAUAAAUGGCCCUGAUGUUUCCUUUCACAAUCGCUUCCCGACGUUCGCCACAGGCGUCCCAUCUUAGGUGAGUGUCAAAUCCACUUAGGGGACGGGGGACGGUUUCGGAGAAAGCGAGAGAAAUAGCCUCCCUUCCCCUACUGCUACAAACCCCGACGCCCGCACCCUCGGUACAUAUAUACUAAGAUGGCCGCCCCACUGGUAAGCGCUCGGUCCUCACGCUUGUACGAAAAAGUCUCUAAGGAUUUACUGAAAGCGAUGUUUAGAAAAUCGGAGAAGGGUUGGAGAGCAUCACCGUACAGCUGAGUCCAGCAGCGACCCUCAAUAAAAACUAUUUAACCUUACAUACGUGUAAUCAACAACGACGUGAAUGCCCGAGUUUCAGACUCGACGCUUAUCGGCCACCGUCAGGGAAUCAUACGAUAUUGCUUCUCGAAUGAAUCCCUCAUUUUAAUUACCCCAAUUUAGUAAUCCACGACCAAGUUACCUUUUCCAGAUCUUCCCCGCUCGACGAAACGCUUUCUCUGACUUUUCUGACCGCUUCCCUUCUAGUUGAUCGCUUUAAACCCGCUUAUUUGUGCGUAUUAAAGGCUCGGGCUAAGGUUGAAACGACAAGAACAUGAUCUUUCCUCUUUGAAAAACCAAACUUGGAUGGGUUAACUAGAGAGCCAGUAUUAUCUGCAAUAUCGACCAAGUCAUGGCCCUGCUACUUGCAAAACAUCAUCUCUACAUAAAUAGCUUAAAAUUUUGACUUGCCAUGCAUUCUAAUUGUCGGUAAAACCAUUUGGUUACUGAUUUGGUAAAUACCGCGUACGAGAUUACGUUUUUUUGGCAAGCGAGGGUCUAAAGACUGAAGAUGCUUUUCCCGACGAACGUGCCAUUUUCAUGCCUGCUUUGAAAGGUCGCGCGAGAUCGCAUUGUGAUACAAAUUAGCAUCUGUCUUUCGUCUCGUCUUCGAUGGGUAACGCAAAGUACACAAGUCAUGACAGAUUAACGGCUAUUUCACCUUGCACCUUGCACCUAUCACGUAGUCAGUGAUCGUUGGGGCGCCACGGACAUAGCAACACUCUCCCUCUAUUUGUUUUCAGCUUCUCUUACGGCGUUGCAAAACUUCAAACCUGUUCACUCAGAGAUGUUCUUCUCCCAACGCUUCUUUUGUCUCCCCCUUCAUCUCCCUCCUUGCACUGUUUCUUGUAGAAUCGUCUUGGCAAGCCCGGGCAAGCCCGGGCAAGCCCUGAUGAUCUUGAUACAUGCCCAAACCAAUUUAACUUGCGUUUCUUUACUGUAGUUAACAUAUCAUCAUAGGGCCCUAUGGCUUGCCUGAUUCUGUCUCUGACUGCAUCGUUAUGUAUGAGAUGCCAAGCAAUUUCCUAAAGCAUCUCAUCUCAUUGGCAUUUCUUCAGGAUGUCCGCUGUCAACGUCCAGGUUUCGCAGGCGUACAAUAGUAUUGAGAUAACUAGGGAGCGCAUUAGUCUGAAUCCUAAUUAGGCUUAAAAGUCAUUUGAUCUAAAGUCAGAGACAAAAUUAGAGUGUUUCCGAGAAACAUUGCUUCGUUUUUCGUGGAAUCGGCCACCUAAAGCUACUUAAAGUCCGUUUAAAAAACACCUCAAGCCAAAUUAACAAAACAAAAUGAAGAAUACAGAAUCAAUAUAGACAUCUAGGCAUCUAUUUCUACUUAUAUCUUGAACUCUUGCAAAAGAAAGGACCAAAGUAAACCAGUCUAAUAACGAAAAAUACUUAAUAUACGAGACCAAAGAUAAAACGUAGGACAAGUUAUACAUACCUAUACGUCAUCAUUUAAAAAUAGAAAGAGGAUCGUUUUCAAAUCUUCUUUGAUGAAGAGCUAGAUUUGUACCCGCCAUUGUGAUUGGCUGGCCUCUGGACAUCCAAUAGUGAAUUGGCCCUCCCAAGCUUGGAAACAAAAAUUUCCUAGAAAUGGUACUAGAAAAAAUUUCCGAGAAGGGAACAGCGAUAGUUUAACGCUUAAUCAGCGUUGUGAGCCUACCCAUUUUUUGUCGAGUCUGAACCGGCAGCACAUAAAUUAACACAAAGCCCUAGGAGAUCGGCACCGCGGUAAAACUUUCCGCAUCUUUUUUACAGGUAUCACAUCUAGCUGUUUAGCUGCGUUCGCGACAGGAUAAAAGCAUUUUGCAGCUGCGAAGAAUCGCCUCGCAGACUAAAGAAUCAAACGGGCCCUUUCAGUUGUCAAAGGUUUCUCGUUAAAAUGUAACCGUUUCAAAAGAAACGUUGUUAGGAAUCUUCUCCGCUUGGCCAGCUUAGUAUCGACCUGAAAAUCGACUACAACAAUGGCGACAGGUUCGUCUUCGUCUUGCUCAUCUGUUUUUGACACUUCAAAAGAAAAGACAAAUGGCACAAGACUAGGAAGAUUACUCAUUGAUGGUGGAACUGACGUUCUAAGAAAGUUUCUCGAUUCUGUUUAUCCUAAGCCACAAUCACUCGCUGAUGAGUUAAAGAAUAACUAUGCAAGGUUUGAAACUCUCAGGUCAAGACGAGUAAUAUUCGAUCAGCAGUGGGAUAAGUUAUUUCCGCCCUCAGGUGAUCCUCCGGAUUCUAACACAUUUGAUCUCACGCUUUUACAUUUGUUGAUCCGAGAAGUUUGUUAUCUACCUGCGCCUUCAAAUAGCUGGCACAAAAUGCCUCCUGAAGACGAUGAAAGCUUAGAGGCAAAUAUCACCAGAAUUAAAUGCUUCAGAAAUGACUUGUGUCACAGUGUGUCAACUGGCAUUCCUAACGACGAGUUCGAAGACAAGUGGAAUAAGAUAGUUUCUUCAUUGGAGAGAAUUGAAAUUGGCGUAUACCGAAAGAAUAUUGAGAGGCUAAAAAAUGACAGUAUUGACCAUGAAACUCGUCAACUCGUGGAGCAAGAAAUAAAGCAGUGGCGAAAUGUGCAAGAGCAUGAUACCCUUGAGGUCAUGUGUCGACUCCAGAGCUGCCUUCCGGAUGUUGUGCCAAGGGAGCACAUGUUUGGUCGUUCACAAGAGUUGAAGCUAGUCAGAGACAACAUCGAAAGCGAAACAGUUGCUAUGGUGUUGAUAACUGGGGGACCAGGAUUUGGUAAAACGACCCUAGCUAAAGAAGUCGCUCACGAUUUAGCCGCGAAAUUCGAAAGAAGAUGUGUGUUGUUUUGCCGCUUACUGUCAAGAAAAACCUUCAACGAAGUAGCCAGUGAAAUGAUUCUGAUGGCUCACUCAUGUGUAAACUGCAAGACCCUAACACAGCUGCCAGAAAAUCCGGAACAGUGGCUCAAGGCAUGGAGCAAGCAGAUUCAAAUGCGAGUCACGUUUGUUCUGGACAAUGUCGAUGGUGUACUCGAAUCUGGAGAAAGAAAGAAGUUCUUGGAAAUCUUGACUGUGAUAAGAGAAUUAUCGCACAGGAAAGUAACUUUUGUGGUCACUUCUAGAAACCAAUUUGAAGAUUCAGACCUGUCAAUGCAAAUCGUUAGACUGAGCCCUUUAUCACCCAACCAGGCAAAGAACGUCCUUGUCUCUCGUGUGAACGAUGAAGGUGUUCGAAGGAAGCUUUCUAGGACUGACGAAAUAGUUGAGCUGUGUGGUUAUGUUCCUUUGCCGCUGUGCAUUGUUGGUUCACUUCUGUCAGACUAUACCGAGGAGAAACUGAUAGAAAACCUGAAGAGGAAGCCUAUGACAGUUCUCGAUGAUGAUAACAAAUCUGUCCGAAUGGCAAUCAAAACGUCUUUCGACCUUUUAAGUAAAGAUGAUCAAGACUGUUUGGUUCUGAUGUCUGUUUUCCCCGGUUCCUUUGAAUGUGAUGCUGCCGAAGCCGUGAUAUUGAAAGUAUGUCAGGAGUCUGGAGCUUUGCCUGUUUCCGUCUUGCGCUCCUUGAAAAACAGAUCUCUUGUCGAGACUCCUAGUUCCAGCAGAUAUCAGCUGCAUCCACUAAUCCGUGCCUUUGCAAGAAAAAUCAAUCGACCUGGUGAUUCUCAACUUUUAGCGACAGGGAGAAAACUGGCGUGUGUCUUCUUUAUGUCUUAUCUCAAUGAAAAUGCAAAGAUGUUCUGGAGCAAGGACAACUGCAAAACAUCUAUUGAGUCUUUCAACGAGGACAGACAAAACUUUGAGUAUUUCCUUGAUUUCUUCUGCAACGAAAUGAUGAACCACGAUCCAGAGAUCGAAAAUACCGGCUCCCAAAGUUUCCUUGAAGAUUUUUCCCAGAAGUGCAUGUAUCUAGAAAAAUGUGUCCGGCCGACUUUGUACAUUCAAAUCUUGAAUAAGAUGCUACAGUCGUUUGACAGAGAGGCCCAGUCCGUUCUCGUUGUUGAACUUUUGUGUCUUCUUGGGCAUGAAAUGAGAAAAGUGGGAGAAAAGAGUAAAUACAAUGAACACAUGAAAGAUGCCCAGGAACUUUACAAUAAGAAUGCUUCUGAAUUUGAGAAAAAGCCGCUGUCACAAGUAAUCUUCCUUCACAGUCAUGCCCGAUUCCUUUCUGAAAGGAAGGUAUUUAAAGAUCCUGAACCUAAAAAGGCAUACGACGCCGCUUUGGAUAUCUGUAAGAAACAUAUACCUGACCACCCUGAAGCGGCUGCAACCUUACUGUUUGCUGGAAGGCAAGCAAAACGCGGUAAGGAAAAUGAAGAAGCAAAAAGUAAGCUGUUCAAAGCCUUAGACCUCUUCAGAGCGAAACUUGGGGAUCAUUUUAUGACAGCUCAGUGCCUUAAGGACAUUGCAGACUUUCUUUUCUUUCAGACUACUCCUGACUUGGAUGAAACUCUUGAGUUCUACAAAAUGGCAAUGGAAAUGAUGGAGAGACUGGGGAUGAGUGAGAAAAAAGAAAGCAUCUUAUUGUUGAAAAAUUAUGGAAUUUGCCAAAUGAGGAAAGAUAAUUUUGAAGAAGCAAGAAUACUACUCCAAAGAGCUGAAAAUGUUGCUGAGAAGGAAUUGGAGGAAGAACAUAUGUGGAAAGUCAUGGUGAAGACGCAACAGGCCAUUUUACUCGACAAAAUGGAAAGUAUUGAGGAAAUGGAAGCAGCAAUGAAGAAAGGACUAAAGAUGUAUUACAGUAUUACAGGAGAACGUUCUUUUAAGCGACUGAAAAACAGAUAUGACAUUUGUGACGUUUUAAAACGUUAUCCGGAGCGAUUUCCACAGGAGGAGUACCCACGUAAGAAUAAGUCAAUAAAGUAA